AUGUUUUUUACGCUUUUAACCCUAUUUUUAAUAUAUUCACAAAAUUCAUCAUAUAAUUAUAUAAUUAAAGAUUUUAAUUUUUUCUUUCACUUCACACCCUUUAAUACACAUUAUCGCCAAUUUAUCGCAAAAUCUUCAGAUUCCAACUCUAACACAACCAAUUUAUCUGAAAAUGAGAAGAUCAAACAAUUGCUAUUAUCUGUUAAAGAAUGGGAAGAUUCAAACAAAUCCUCAAAAAACGAUUCUUUGAGUUCAAACUCAAAUAUUUCUGUGAACGACUUGGUAAAAUUGGAAAAGAAGUUUCUGGAAUCCAUUGAAUCUGACGAGAACUCGACCUUUAACCGCAUUAUAAGUGAAAAAAUAAAAGAAACUAUAAAAGAGAAAGAGGAAAAAAAGGAAAAAACAGUUGAUUGGAGAGAUUUGGUGCAGGAAUUUAGGUUAAUUGGAGCAGGAAAAAAGUGUUACGGCUGUGGAGUUAAUUUACAAUUCGCAAACAUAAACAAACGUGGAUAUGUUCAAGAAUGUUACUACCACAAUGAUCUUGCGAAAUGUGAACGUUGUUCAUCUUUGUCUUCGGAUAUCAAAUCAUCUCUAAUCAAGAACACCAGUGGUGUUGAUGGUAAUAAUUUGAACUUGGUUAGUGAGAAUUUGAUAAGAGAAGCAUCGAGCGAGACUAUAAAUAUAGUCAGGAAUAUGUUGAGGAUCAAGAAGAGGAGGAGGAUUACGAUUUUGUACAUUAUUGAUGUUGUUGAUCCACAUAUUGAGUUUAAACUAUUAGAGAUAAUUAAACAAAGGGAGGAGAUAGGUGGUAUAAGGUUUUAUUUAAUUUUGAACAAGAUUGACUUGUUACCCAAAUAUAAUAGAGAUGAAUUAGUGCAGUUUUUUAAAAAAAUGAUUAAUUCAAAAGUCGACUUACUUAAAUCGAAACACAUUUUUACGAUAAGUAGUAAGUUUAAGAAGCAUGUGAGUGAAUUAAUGAGUGUAAUACUAGAGGAGGCUAAAAGGUUAGGUAACCAGAUCCUUUUUAUCGGACCAACGAAUUCAGGAAAAUCAACUCUCAUUAACUUAUUACGCUCGUCAUUAAAAUCAAAAUCCCGUUCCUUAAAGAAUGCUAAGAGUACUAACAAUGUUAUAAUGAAUGGCAGUAAUAGUUUAAUGGGUAAGAGACUGACUAGUAGUAUAAUACCUGGAACAACGUUGGGUGUGAUAAAUAUAUCACUUGGUGAUAACUUGAGUAUUUAUGACACUCCUGGUAUUUUUGUUCCCAAUUCGCUCAUUUCUCACGUUAACGGUAUUAAUUUAAAGGACAUUAUUACACAAAAUAUUUGUCCAAACACACCAAUUCGGUUAAAAAAAGGUUCGUUAACAGUUUCACUAUUUUCCUCCCAUAUUGAUAUAGUUACCAUAGGUUAUAGUAUGUUGAUUGACAAGUAUGUGAGGAUAGAUAUGACAAGUGGACGUGAUGUAUUUUUCAAAUGUUAUUUUUCAGAUAAAUUAAAACUCCACAUUAAGCCAACGCAUAAAAUUAACCAAUUCCUCAACAAACAUUACAGUGACCAAUUCUUACACUAUCCAACCACUCAACAUACUAGCAUCACUAGUGAUGAUACUGUUAAUGGUGUUGAUAAUGUAAACAGUAAUAAUAGUACAAAUGACAAUUGGGUAAUGAGAAGAAUGAAUAUAAUAUUGAACGGAUGGGAUAACGCAACCUGUGAUUUGUGUAUAAAGGGGCUUGGGUUUCUUACAAUUGGAGGCGCUCUUUCAGCGGAUUUUAACCUCUACACCAUGAAAAAUAUUUUAUACUAUCUCAGGCCUCCACUCUUCCCAAAAAACAUCUUCCCUUUCGUUCCCAGGAAGUCUUAA